AUGUCUGAACAGUUCGUUGAAGUUGACAAUUUCGGGGUCGAGUUGUUGGAAAAUAUUGAUAUGAGGAUGGAACCUCAACACAGCCAUGAGGAAGUCAGCAGGUAGGCCUAUAUUUUUAUCUACACUGUGUGAUUCACAGACAACCCUUGCGGAUGUGAUAGCCUUGCCUAGGCUAGGUCUAUCUACAACAGUUUGAUAAGGCUGUUGUGGGCCAGGGCACAUAGCCUAGGCUAUUAGGUUGAGCUAGUAGGCUAGCCUACAUACGAACAUCUUAUUCUAAUCUAGAUAAUGUGCUUGCAGUUUUUACUACACCUAGGCCAUAGGCUUUAUUGUCUUAACUGAGUUUCAACUUUAAAGGAUACAUUUUAUGUGGUUAGGCUUAUGAAAAAAUGACAGGAUUGUUUGAAUCAGUUUUGAAUUUGUGGUCCACAUUUCCCAUUAAUAACUGGUGUAGCUAGUUAGCUUUAGGCUAGACCUAUCACCAAAGUUUAUUUGGUGAUUUCUGAUGCUCAGCCAGGAGGUUUUAAUCCUCAUUGAAAGGGUGAUUCUAGAGAUAGUCACCAGUCUGUCCAAAGAUGAAGCUCCAGUUUUGGUCCUACCCAAGCGAUCCAGCUGGGCCAAUGUAAGGUAAGCCACUCACUUUGUUACUAUAAUGUCAAGCUUUUGGGCCAUAUUCACUCUGUUUGACCUUUGCAAGAUAAACACUUAAAUCUAUACAACAGAUGUCUUAUUUAUGUUGUGUAAAUACAGUAUAACCCAGUACAUUUGAAAUAAGUGGUCAUGUUGUGUAAACUGAACAUUGCACUCAAUUUGAAAAGUCAGGUCCUACAAGUGGUCUAAAUUGCUGUUAAAUGCAUUUGGAGGAAAUCCUUUAGUUCUUUGUUCUCUCAUUCUAUCUGAAUGUGUAAAAGAGCUAAGAAGUCAAAAGGGAUUUGUGGGGUGAAAAUUGUGUCGAUAGAAUCACCGAAAGUUUUGAAUCUUAAUCCUUGAAGCUGAAAUAAAUUCCUGACUGAAUAGGUGUCAGUUUGAUAAAAUAUUUAAAAAGCACCAGCUACACAUAGAAACACACACACACAAAUCUGGCGGUUUGUGGAGGUCUUUAAUGUGCACAGGCUGAGGAGACCUCAUGCUUAGAACAAAACAAACUGUCUGGUUGAGUCUACAUCAAACCUCCUUACAGUUUAAAGCACAUUCUGGCUCGGCCCUUUCAAAUGUGAGAAUCCCACAGAUAGGGAGGCAAAGGUUUCACAGAGGAAAUGCAGUCGAGGUAUGGGGAGGCCUAUCACAGGUAGCACCCAGGGUUUGGGAUUCUUCUAAGAAGGAUCAUAAAGGUGGCGGGCUCCUUUACAAAACUCAUCAAAGAUACAAUACCAAAUAUUCCGAUUUUGUGAAGAAUUCUUUCAUGAAUAAUUUCUUCGUCUUCAUUCCCAACUUUGAGUUUUGACAAUGCCGUUGGCCUUCAAAUGACUUCUGGCAGUUCUGUCACCACAGUUCGGAGCGACUGUUCCUCGUCUGUCACUAAAUUUGGUGAGAAGAAAGACACACACCACUGUUAAUAUGCCCCCCCCCCCCCUCUCUCUCACUUCCCCCUUCCCUCAGCUGUGCACAGACAAAGUUACAUUAUUUUAAUUCACAAACUUUUUAAAUUACUCUAAGGAAUUUAAUCAGCCCUACUUCAUGUGGCUUUCAUUCUUAUCCUCUCUGGGCUUACAUGAACUAAUUGCAAAAACUGCAAAGACAUGGUAUGCCUUAUGCUGCUGGUCAGAGAAGCUUUCCUGGUGUUAUUCACUAUGGAUUUCAUUAUCCAUCCUAAAGAAAAUCCUGAAUGAACUACUUUGAUGAUGAAAUACCUAUUAUCAGAUAUCAUAGGGGAUUGAUUGAAAGGGUUUCUAGACUGUACUGGUGUAUCACAAUAUACUGGUAGCCUAUAAUACAGCAGUUUAACUGGGUUUUCUAUGCAGGGCACAUUCUCAAGGUUCUAUCCACCAUCUACAAACUUGUGCAGAGCAACAAAUAUGCUACAAAAAGGUAAUGUCUUGUCAGAUAGCCAACGCAUAAGAAAAUACAUCCUUGCCUUAACACCAGUACUUUGAGAAGGUGUUCUCUUGUUUCCACAGGGACAUCUAUUACAACGACACACAGCUUUAUGGUUCACAGAGGACUGUCGAUUCCAUUGUGGAUGACAUCUCCUGCAUGCUCAAGGUUCCACGCAGAAGACUACAUGUGGUGUGUAUAUAGUAUGUGAGUGUGUGUGUGCCUCUGUGAGAGUACAAUUUCAGUUCAAGAGGAGGUAACAAUGGCCUGAUGUUGAAUAAAACCAUACUAAAACAUUUGGAAAUACCUUUUGAUACGACAUGUUAUGAUUAGUUUGAGCCUAUUCUCUGCCUCAUACAGGAAGCAACCGUGUAUGUAUUUUCCAUGAUUUCCAUUAUCAAAGAGCAAUGAAAUUAAACUUGACUCAAAAGCAUUGUCGUGUGUGUGUGUGUGUGUGUGUGUGUGUGUGUGUGUGUGUGUGUGUGUGUGUGUGUGCACAUGCGUAUGUGUUUAACGGUCUCCAGCUAGCCACGUCCAAGGGCUUCAUCUCAGGUGAUCUGUGUUACCUGGAGGAGGACAGCACCAAGGUGGACUGCCACUCUAACUCCACUGUAAGUCCCACUAACACUAACUACAUUCCCCCAACAGCUCAGCAUCGUCACAGUAUGGUCAUAUGCAUAUAAUGUUAGAUACCUAUAAUGUUAGAUAUACAGGAUCAUCAUCCGCCAUGAACGUUUAACAGUGCUAAACCUCUCCCAUUUCAAUGACAUAACAGAGAUCCGUAGUCUCAGCCAAACCUAUUAAAUCCUGUGUUCACCUCUUUCUGGCCACAAUCUCCAGGUUCAACCAAUGUACUAAUCAUUCGAUUUACAGCAUAAUUGUUCAGAAAACAAAAAGAACUCAAACAGUUUACUUGUAUUCUGUCUACUGUUUGUGGGUUGCAUAAAUCAACUGACACCGAAACAGCUAGAUUCAUAUCUCAUUAUACUUUUUUUGUUUGAAAGCUAACAGUAACUUGCUAUGUUGACAAUUGUGUCUCUCUUAUUGUGUCUCUUAAUUGUGUUCUCAGGCUACUCCAGUUUCUUCUAAUGUUGGCGGAAUCAGGAGUAUCCUUUAUAAUCAUGUCAGAACUCAUAUUUCAGCAAUAUUGUAACAAGUUUGUAAGACUUCCUUCCUCUUUUAACUAACUCCUCCAACUCUUAUCUAUUGGUGAGGAAGAGUCCAUCAGUCAUGUUUGUGUUCACCUUGACCCGUUCUCCAGACAUUGUGUCAUCUGCUAAGUUUGUUUUGAUAGUGGAGAAGGACGCCACCUUCCAGAAACUGCUUGAUGAUGACUUUUGCACCAAGCUAUCUCCUUGCAUCAUGAUCACAGUAUAUCCUACUUAUGGUUUUCUUUUGAGCUAUUGCUUUAAAUUGAAUGUGCUAAUCAUAUGAUUUAUUGUAAAUCUGUUAUGUGUUUGUGUCAGGGUAAAGGUGUCCCAGAUGUGAACAGCAGGCUGAUGGUGAGAAAGCUUUGGGACACCCUGCACAUCCCUAUAUUUGCUCUGGUGGAUGCUGACCCUUAUGGUAAUACUCUCCACUCUUUUAUCCUAUCAGACACACACACACACACACACACACACAGGGGUUGCGUGUCCUGCUAAGCCGACAUGCCUCUCUGAUGUGUCAGGGUGGUUAGAAUGGGGAUUGUGUUAGUGUGUUCUAGCCCAGUGGAAUCAUCACACUGGGGCCCCUGGACUCACUGACACAGACUGUCCCUCUCCAUACAGCACCUCUCUGCUCCCCUCCGCUCUCCUCACAUCACAUGGCGAGUCGCAUGUGUAACACUUUACUUUGUUCUCUGUCCCCUUAGCUACAUAUCUCAGAGGAUAAUUGCUCUGGUAUGGUGGUGAUUGUAUCGUGUCUCUUUCCCUCUCUUUCUCUUUCUGUCUCACUCUAAUUUUCGCAGGGAUUGAGAUCAUGUGCAUCUACAAGUAUGGAUCAGUGGUGAGUCCUGCCGUGCCUGUGUAUUUCUGUACAUUAUACAACGUGGCUUGUGCAGUGUCUCGGUGCAAGAAAUAUGUCAUUAUUCUCCUCUUAAAGUUGAAAAAGGGGAGCGGUCAACCAUAUCUGAGCAUUUGAAGUGGCAUGAAGUGGAAAAGUAAAGUGAUUGCGUGGGAUCUCAUUUGUGUGAGGUUUUUGUAUGUGUGUUUCUGGUUUAUAUGAUCUAAUCUAAUUUUAUUUGUCACAUGCGCCGAAUACAACAGGUGAAAUGCUUACUUACAAGCACUUAACCAACAAUGCAGUUUUAAGAAAUGGAAUCACAAUAAAAUAACAAUAAUGAGCCUAUAUACAGGGGGUACAGGUACCGAGUCAAUGUGUGGGGGCACAGGUUAGUCGAGGUAAUUUGUACAUGUGGGUAGGGGUAAAGUCACUAUGAAAAGAUAAUAAACAGCGAAUAGCAGCAGUGUCAAUGCAAAUAGUCCGGGUGGCCAUUUGAUUAAUUGUUCAGCAGUCUUAUGGCUUUGGGGUAGAAGCUGUUAAGGAGCCUUUUGGACCUAGACUUGGCGCUCUGGUACCGCUUGCCGUGCGGUAGCAGAGAGAACAGUCUGUGACUUGGGUGACUGGAGUCUUUGACAAUUUUUUGGGCCUUCCUGUGACAUUGCCUAGUAUAUAGGUCCUGGAUGGCAGGACGCUUGGCCCCAAUGAUGUACUGGGCUAUACACACUACCCUCUGUAGCGCCUUACGGUCGGAUGCCAAGCAGUUGCCAUACCAGGCGGUGAUGCAAACGGUCAGGAUGCUCUCGAUGGUGCAGCUGUAGAACUCUUUCAGGAUCUGGAGACCCAUGCCAAAUCUUUUCAGUGUCCUGAGGGGGAAAAAGCGUUGUCGUGCCCUCUUCAAGACUUUCUUGGUGUGUUUGGACCAUGAUAGUUUGUUGGUGAUGUGGACACCAAGGAACUUGAAACUCUCGACCCGCUCCACUACAGCCCCGUCGAUAUGAAAUGGGGUGUGUUCGGCCCUCCUUUUCUUGUAGUCCACGAUCAUCUCCUUUGUCUUGCUCACGUUGAGGGAGAGGUUGUUGUCCUGGCACCACACUGCCAGGUUUCUGACCUCCUCCCUAUAGACUGUCUCAUCAUUGUCAGUGAUCAGGCCUACCACUGUUGUGUCGUCAGCAAACUUAAUGAUGGUGUUGGAGUCGUGCUUGGCCACGCAGUCGUGGGUGAACAAGGAGUACAGGAGGGGACUAAGCACGCACACCUGAGGGGCCCCCGUGUUGAGGAUCAGCGUGGCAGAUGUGUUGUUGCAUACCCUUACCACCUGGGGGUGCCCGUCAGAAGUCCAGGAUCCAGUUGCAGAGGGAGGUGUUUAGUCCCAGGGUCCUUAGCUUAGUGAUGAACUUUGUGGGCACUAUGGUGUUGAACGCUGAGCUGUAGUCAAUUAACAGCAUGCUCAUAUAGGUGUUCCUUUUGUCCAGGUGGGAAAGGGCAGUGUGGAGUGAGAUUGAGAUUGCGUCAUCUGUGGAUCUGUUGGGGCGGUAUGCGAAUUGGAUUGGGUCUAGUGUUUCCGGGAUGAUGGUGUUGAUGUGAGCCAUGACCAGCCUUUCAAAGCACUUCAUGGCUACCGACGUGAGUGCUACGGGGCGGUAGUCAUUUAGGCAGGUUACCUUCGCUUUCUUGGGCACAGGGACUAUGGUGGUCUGCUUGAAACAUGUAGGUAUUACAGAUUCGGUCAGGGAGAGUUUGAAAAUGUCAGUGAAGACACUUGCCAGUUGGUCCGCGCAUGCUCUGAGUACACGUCCUGGUAAUCCGUCUGGCCCCGCGGCCUUGUGAAUGUUGACCUGUUUAAAGGUCUUGCUCACAUCGGCUACGGAGAGCGUGAUCACACAGUCGUCCGGAACAGCUGGUGCUCUCAUGCAUGCUUCAGUGUCGCUUGCCUCGAAGCGAGCAUAAAAGGCAUUUAGCCCGUCUGGUAGGCUCGCAUCACUGGGCUGCUCGUGGCUGGGUUUCCCUUUGUUGUCCGUAAUAGUUUGCAAGCCCUGCCACAUCCGACGAGCGUCAGAGCCAGUGUAGUAGGAUUCAAUCUUAGUCCUGUAUUGACGCUUUGCCUGUUUGAUGGCAUAGUGGGAAUCCUUAUAAGCGUCCGGAUUAAUGUCCCGCUCCUUGAAAGCAGCAGCUCUAGCCUUUAGCUCGGUGAAGAUGUUGCCUGCAUUAAAGUCCAAGGCCACUAGGAGCGCCGCUUCUGGAUGAGCAUUUUCUUGUUUGCUUAUGGCCUUAUACAGCUCGUUGAGUGCAGUCUUAGUGCCAGCGUCGGUUUGUGGUGGUAAAUAGAUGGCUACGAAAAAUAUAGGUGAAAACUCUUGGUAGAUAGUGUGGUCUACAGCUUAUCAUGAAGUACUCUACCUCAGGGGAGCAAUACCUUGAGACUACCUUAAUAUUAGAUCUCGCACAGGCUGUUAUUGACAAAUAGACACACACCCCCACCCCUCGUCUUACCGGACGUAGCUGUUCUGUCCUGCCGAUGCACGGAAAACUCAGCCAACUGUAUAUUAUCCGUGUCGUAGUUCAGCCACGACUCAGUGAAACAUAAGAUAGUACAGUUUUUAAUGUUCUGUUGGUAGGAUAGUCUCGAACGGAGCUCAUCCGGUUUAUUCUCCCCGUGAUUGCACAUUGGCCAAUAGAACGGAUGGUAGAGGCGGGUUACCGAUGCACGGAAAACUCAGCCAACUGUAUAUUAUCUGUGUCGUAGUUCAGCCACGACUCAGUGAAACAUAAGAUAGUACAGUUUUUUAUGUUCUGUUGGUAGGAUAGUCUCGAACGGAGCUCAUCCAGUUUAUUCUCCCCGUGAUUGCACAUUGGCCAAUAGAACGGAUGGUAGAGGCGGGUUACCCACUCGCCGGCGAAUUCUCACAAGGCACCCUGAUCUCCGCCUCCUGUAUUUCCUUCUUUUCUUCAUGCGAAUGACGGGGAUUUGGGCCUUGUCUGGGAGCAACAUUAUAUCCUUCGCUUCAGACUCAUUAAAUAAAAAAUCUUUGUCCAAUUCGAGGUGAGUAAUCGAUGUUCUGAUAUCCAGAAGCUCUUUUUGGUCAUAAGAGAUGGUAGCAUCAACAUUAUGUAUAAAAUAAGUUACAAACAAUGCGAAAAACACACAAAAUACCAUUGGUUAGGAGCCCGUAAAACGGCAGCCACCCCCUCCGGUGCCAUUACUACUACCCCAGGUGGACUUGUGUGUCUGAAUGUGUAUGUCUGUGUGGUUUUAUGUACUAUAUGCAUGUGUAUGGUUGUAUGUAUUCACAUAUGUGUGUUUUAUACACAGUUUGUCAACCUGUCUGUCUGUCUGGUUGUGUAUUGACGUGUUUCUAUGUGUAUAUCUUUCCCUUCAGGCCAUGUCGUUUGAGGCCCACAGUCUGACCGUCCCCAGCAUUAUGUGGCUAGGCCUCCUCCCCUCUGACCUCCAGAGGUUUGGUGACAACCACUCGCUACUUCCUCCUUCCUCCUCCCUACCUCUAAUUGGGAUUAUAUUCUGGGGAUUUGGAGAUUGUUUGUUUUGGUUUCUGUUGCUGUUGCCUUCGCUUUUUUCUCUCUCCCUGAGGAGCUGUUUUGGAGGGUAUAUUGAGUUUUAAGUAUAUGUCAGCUGGAGCAGUCUUAGCCUGAAAAGGGGGUUUUGACAUAAGUAAAGUUUAAUUGUAGUCUGCAAGCCUGCUCCUCCUAAGACUCCAACUGUACAGUACAUUAUCAAAAGUAUCCACAUCUUAUACAGUUUGGACAGAAAUGGAGAGAGCCGUAACAUUGUGUCAGGGUAUUUCCUUUGUUUCAGUUGUAACAACAUAAUUAGUAUUUAUAUCUUAAUAUGGUCAUUUAGAAGACCAUCAUCCAAAGCUAUAUACAGUUAAGAUAUGUUUGGUAUAUGUCUCAUAAUAUGACUGUUCACCUCUUGAACUGACUGAAAUGAAAACUGUACUGAUCAUAACCCUUCUGUACUUUAGAUUGAGAGUACCUGAGGAUGCUCUGAUCCCCCUCACACAGAGAGACCAGAGUAAACUGACCAGCCUGCUGAAGAGACCCUACCUGGCCUGCCAACCUGCCUGGCAGAGAGAGGUAAGAGGGGGAGGGCUACCUUUUAUGAGUGGUUUACAUACAAUACAAAUAUGGAAAGGGAGAGAAAGAAGAAUGUGUGCAGUUUGUCUGUUAUUAGAAAUAAGGGAGAAAAAUGUUAAAGAAGAGAAUGUGUGCUUUACCCAGUUUGUAUUCCCACCUCUCAAGCCGUUCAGAGAAUGGUUGAAUGCAAUGUGGGUUGGUCUGUUUAGUAAACAUGUCCCUAGUCUCCACUACCCUGCUCUGAAGAAACUGUACACUUGUAGUCCUUCACUCCUGUUUAACAAGACAAGGCGGCGUUCUGUGAGUGUGUUUUUACUACAAUUUAGACGUUUUGCAGGUGUGACACAGCACAGUGGAAUGUGUUUGAGAGAGCUGUCAGCUCCCUGGUAUUUGGGAUACUUCGAGAUACCAGCUCUGUUGUGAAAUAUAUUGAACAAAAAUAUAAACUUCAACGUUUUUACUGAGUUACAGUUCAUAUAAGGAAAUCAGUCAAUUGAAAUAAAUUCAUUAGGCCCUAAUCUAUGGAUUUCACAUGACUGGGCAGGGGUGCAGCCAUGGGUGAGCCUUGGAUGGCAUAGGCCCACCCGCUUGGCAGCCAAGUCCACCCACUGGGGAGCCAGGCCCAGCCAAUCAGAAUGUGUUUUUCUCCACAAAAGGGCUUUAUUACAGACAGAAAUACACCUCAGCACCCCCCCCCCCCCCCCCACCCCACCCUCAGACUAUCCCGCAGGUGAAAAAGCCGGAUGUGGAGGUCCUGGGCUGGCGUGGUUACACAUAAUCUGCGGUUGUGAGGCCAGUUGGAAGUACCGCCAAAUUCUCUAAAACAACGUUGGAGGCAGUUUAUGGUAGAGAAAUGAACAUUAAAUUCUCUGGCAACAGAUCUGGUGGACAUUCCUGCAGUCAGCAUGCCAAUUGCACGCAUCUGUGGCAUUGUGUUGUGUGACAAAACUGCACAUUUUAAAGUGGGCUUUUAUUGUCACCAGCACAAGGUGCACCUGUGUAAUGAUCAUGCUGUUUAAUCAGCUUCAUUCUAUGCCACACCUGUCAGGAGGAUGGAUUAUCUUGGUUAAGGAAAAAUGCUCACUAACAGGGAUGUAAACAAAUUUGUGCACAGAAUUUGAGAGAAAUAAGCUUUUUAUGCGUAUAGAUCAUGUCUGGGAUUUUUUAUUUCAGCUCAUGAAACAUGGGACCAACACUUUACAUGUUGUGUUUAUAUUUUUGUUCAGUGGUAGAUAAGAUCACACCUGGUGGUCCAGGAUGAACUCUGUUUGCUCAUCUUCCUCUUGCACAUCUCUUAAGACAUGUUUUGUCGUUGUUGCAGAUGGAAAUGAUGCAUCGGAGCAAGGUGAAAGCUGAGAUCCAGUCACUGGCGUCCAUAGCCCCUGAUUACCUCAGCCGUGUCUACCUACCCAAUAAGCUGCGCUACGGCGGCUGGAUAUGA